GUUUGCGGCUUCACGAGAGCGCUGUAAUGUGAAAAGCCGCAUUUGCACUAUUUAUACUCACACACUGAAAAGAAAAACAAGAGGGCACCCUUCCUUUAAUUUCACUGCUCUAGUCAUAUCCAGAGUGUGGAUUAACACAUUUAAGUGCUACAACCAUGUCCAAGCCAGCAGGGGGCGGUGUUAAUGAUGUCACCCACUUCCUCUCUACGGGGGCGGGGCCUGGGUCACCAAUCUCUGCGUUCUCUGCCUCCAGUCAAGCUGAUUGGGCAGUUAAGAGGCUUGUCUGGGUGCCUUCAGAGAAACAUGGGUUUGAGUCUGCAAGCGUGCGUGAGGAGCGGGGUGACGAGGUGGAUGUGGAGCUAACGGACAGUGGGCGUAAACUGACACUUUCGAGGGAGGAGCUCCAGCGGAUGAACCCGCCCCGUUUCAGUAAAGUUGAAGACAUGGCCGAUCUCACAUGCCUCAACGAGGCCUCUGUUUUACACAACCUACGAGAAAGAUACUAUUCAGGACUGAUAUAUACGUACUCUGGGCUGUUUUGUGUGGUGAUAAACCCCUAUAAGAACCUGCCCAUGUAUACAGACUCCAUCAUAGAGAUGUAUCGUGGGAAAAAACGUCAUGAGAUGCCACCACAUAUCUAUGCCAUAUCGGAGGCCGCCUACAGGAGCAUGCUGCAAGACAGAGAAGAUCAGUCCAUCUUGUGCACAGGGGAGUCUGGUGCAGGAAAGACAGAGAACACUAAGAAAGUGAUUCAGUAUCUGGCACAUGUGGCAUCUUCACACAAGUCCGGCUCUCUGGGUCGGCCCAAAGACAUACAGAUGGAAGGUACACGCUCUCUGGGUCGUGGCAGUGGUGCUGUGAACAGGGGGGAGCUGGAGAGACAGUUACUGCAGGCUAACCCCAUUCUAGAGGCCUUUGGCAAUGCAAAGACAGUCAAAAACGACAACUCUUCCAGAUUUGGCAAAUUCAUCAGGAUCAAUUUUGAUGUUGCUGGAUAUAUUGUUGGUGCAAACAUUGAGACCUAUCUGCUCGAAAAGUCUCGAGCCAUUCGCCAGGCAAAAGAUGAGAGGACCUUCCAUAUCUUCUACCAGCUCCUUUCUGGUGCUACGGAGACCAUGAGAAAGGAGCUUCUGCUUAGCAGUGCGGAUCAGUACCGUUUCCUUUGUGGGGGAUCACUUCCUGUCCCGGGUCAGAGUGACUCAGAAAACUUCACUCAGACAAUGGACUCUGUGACCAUCAUGGGCUUCACCCAGGAUGAAUCCACCUCUAUGUUAAAAGUGAUUUCUGCAGUGCUGCAGUUUGGGAACAUCACGUUUCACAAAGAGAAGAACACAGAUCAGGCCUCUAUGCCCGACGACACGGCUGCACAGAAACUCUGCCACCUGCUGGGCAUCAGUGUGCUGGAGUUCAGCCGAGCCAUUCUUACUCCCCGUAUUAAAGUGGGCCGCGAGUAUGUCCAGAAGGCCCAGACCAAGCAGCAGGCGGAUUUUGCAGUGGAGGCUUUGGCAAAGGCCACUUAUGAGCGUUUAUUCCGCUGGUUGGUGCACCGGAUCAACAGAGCCCUGGACCGCAGACAGCGACAGGGGGCCUCAUUUAUUGGGAUCCUGGACAUCGCAGGAUUUGAGAUCUUCCAGCUGAACUCAUUUGAGCAGUUGUGUAUUAAUUACACUAAUGAGAAGCUGCAGCAAUUGUUCAAUCACACCAUGUUUGUUCUGGAGCAAGAGGAGUACCAGCGUGAGGGCAUCGAGUGGAACUUUAUCGACUUCGGUCUGGAUCUUCAGCCCUGUAUCGACCUCAUUGAGAGACCGGCCCAUCCUCCUGGCGUGUUGGCAUUAUUGGACGAGGAGUGUUGGUUUCCGAGGGCAACAGAUCGCUCAUUUGUGGACAAGCUGUCAGCUGAGCAGGGGUCACACCCGAAGUUUAUGCGGCCACGCCAGCUUAAAGCAGAGGCUGACUUCUCCAUCAUGCACUAUGCUGGCAAGGUUGAUUAUAAGGCAGAUGAGUGGCUGGUGAAGAAUAUGGAUCCAUUAAAUGAUAAUAUUGCAUCUCUUCUGCAUCAGUCAUCUGAUCCCUUCAUCUCUGAGCUCUGGAGAGAGGAUAUUCAAACGCUUCCUCGUGUGUACUUCUUUGAUUCCUAUGCCACGCUGCAAACCAAUGGCACUGACAGCAUGGAGAGGAUUGUGGGUCUGGAUCAGGUGUCGUCUGGUGAGGGUAGUGGCACAGUGAGUUUUGGGGCAGCUGGAUUGAAGACAAAGAAGGGCAUGUUCCGCACGGUGGGGCAACUCUACAAAGAGUCCCUCACUAAACUAAUGGCCACCCUCCGCAACACCAACCCCAACUUCCUGCGCUGCAUCAUCCCCAACCAUGAGAAACGAGCUGGGAAGUUGAGUCCUCAUUUAGUUCUGGAUCAACUGAGGUGUAAUGGAGUUCUAGAGGGGAUCAGGAUCUGCAGACAGGGCUUCCCGAACCGCAUCCAAUUCCAGGAGUUCAGACAGAGGUAUGAGAUAUUGACUCCAAAUGCUAUUCCUCGAACCUUUAUGGAUGGGAAACAGGCAUGUGAGCUCAUGAUCAGUGCUUUAGAGCUGGACAAGAAUCUUUUCCGGGUGGGACAGAGUAAAGUGUUCUUUCGGGCUGGAGUUCUGGCUCACUUGGAAGAAGAACGAGACCUGAAGAUUACUGACACCAUCAUCCGAUUCCAGAGUGCCGCACGUGGAUACCUCGCCAGGAGGGCCUUCCAUAAGAAACAGCAGCAGCUCAGUGCUCUACGUGUGAUGCAGAGGAACUGUGCAGCGUACCUGAAGCUCAGAAACUGGCAGUGGUGGAGACUCUUCACCAAGGUGAAGCCAUUGCUACAGGUGACCCGUCAGGAUGAGGAGAUUCAAGCUCGUGAAGCUCAGCUACAGAAAGCCAAAGACCAGCUGAGCAAAAUGGAGCUUGACUUGACUGAACUGGACAAAAAAUCCCAACAGCUGAUGGAGGAGAAGGCGGUGCUGACCGACCAACUGCAGGCGGAAGCGGAGUUAUUCGCAGAAGCAGAGGAAAUGAGAGUGCGGCUGGCCAAUCGUAAACAGGAGCUUGAAGAUGUGUUGGGAGAGCUUGAGAGCCGAUUGGAGGAGGAAGAAGAGAGGGCUGUCCAGCUGACUAAUGAGAAGAAGAAGAUGCAGCAACAUAUGCAGGAUCUGGAAGAGCAGCUCGAGGAGGAGGAGGGGACACGCCAGCGCCUCCAGCUGGAGAAAGUCACUCUGGAAAGUAAAGUGAAGAGUCUGGAGGCUGAGAACUUGACUCUGGGAGAGCAGAGAGACAGAUUAAGCAAGGAGAAGAAGCAACUGGAUGAGAGACUGAAUGAAGUGACAGAUCAACUCACAGAGGAAGAGGAGAAAGUGAAGAGUCUCAACAAGCUGAAAAACAAACAGGAAGCUGUUAUUGCUGAUUUAGAAGAGCGUCUGAAGAGGGAAGAGCAGGGUCGUCUGGAGCAGGAGAAGUGGAAGAGACGGAUGGAGGGAGAAGCAGUGGAUGCACAAGAGCAGCUGUCUGACCUCAGCUUACUUGUCACAGAGCUGAGAGGAAGCCUGAGCCAGAGAGAGAAAGAGAUCACCACACUACAGACACGCCUGGAGGAAGAGGGUGCCCGGCGUACAGAAGCUCAGAGGGCUCUGAGAGAGGCCAUGUCUCAGGUGUCUGAGCUCAAGGAGGAGGUGGAGAAUGAACGAGGGAUGAGGGAAAGAGCUGAGAAGCAGAAGAGAGACCUGGGAGAAGAGUUAGAAGCCCUGAGGACUGAACUAGAAGAUACACUGGACACCACAGCUGCUCAGCAAGAACUCAGGUCUCGCCGUGAGGCUGAAUUAGGAGAGCUUCAGAGGUGUUUAGAGGAGGAGACACGUCGUCAUGAAGCCCAGCUCUCAGAAUUGCGCAUCAAACACACCACUGCUAUUGACUCCCUACAAGAGCAGCUGGACAACACCAAGAGAUCCCGCCAGUCUCUAGAGAAGGCGAAGGCUAUGCUGGAGGAGGAGCGCUUGAACCUGAGCGCUGAGCUGAAGACUCUGCAGGGAGGGAAGAUGGAGAGCGAGAGGGGCAGGAAGAGAGCAGAGGGACAAUUACAGGAACUCAACGCACGCCUCUCACAGGCCGAGAGAGAAAGAGAAGAGAGAGAGGAACGACUCAGUAAACUACAGUCAGAGCUUGAGUCGUUAUCCAGUUCUCUCUCCUCAUCUGACUCAAAAUCUCUUCGCUUGAAGAAGGAGGUCAGCAGUCUGGAGAGUCAACUACAUGAUGUACAGGAGCUCCUGCAGGAAGAGACGCGGCAGAAGUUGGCGUUGGGCUCACGUGUUCGCUCUCUAGAAGAGGAGAAAGCUGGACUGAUGGAGCGAUUAGAUGAGGAGGAAGAAAAGACCAGAGAACUCACACGGCAAAUUCAGAACCAUACACAACAGCUGGCUGAUUUAAAAAGGCAGACAGAGGAAGUGAACACCGCUGUGGAGGCCGGGGAAGAGGCCAGGAGGAAGAUGCAGAGAGAGCUGGAGAAUGCUAUACAGAGAGAGAGAGCCAAAGAGGAAGAGAAAGAACGCCUAGACAGACAGAAAGAGCGACUGAGAGAAGAGAUAGAGGACAUGACCAUCGCUCUGCAGAGAGAGAGACAGAACUGCACUACUCUGGAGAAGAGACAGAAGAAAUUUGAUCAGAGUUUAGCAGAGGAAAAGGCAGUGAGUGCUCGGCUGUUGGAGGAACGGGACCGUGCAGAAGCAGAGAGUCGAGAGAAAGAAACACGCUUCUUGUCUCUCUCUAUAGCACUGCAGGAAGCCACAGAGCAGAGAGAUGAGCUGGAGAGAACCAAUAAGCAACUCCGCCUCGAGAUGGAACAGCUUGUCAAUGCCCAAGAUGACGUGGGCAAAAAUGUUCUUGAGCUGGAGCGUUCUCGACGGGCUUUGGAAACAGAAGCCCAGUCUCUGAAAGAACAGACCCAGGAGCUGGAGGAUGAGCUGACAGAGGCAGAGAAUGCUCGUCUGAGACUGGAGGUUAUGCUUCAAGCCCUCAGAGCUCAGUUUGAGAGAGAGAUCAGCACCAAGGAGGAGAAAGGAGAAGAAAAGAGAAGAGCUCUCAACAAACAGGUACGAGAGCUGGAAGUAAUGCUUGAAGAGGAGAAGACUCAGAGAGCUCAGACUCUUACGUUCAAGAAACAACUAGAGACAGAGCUACAGGAGGCAGAGUCUCAGGUGGAAGCAGCCAAUCGGGGCAGAGAGGAGGCAAUGAGGCAGAUGAAACGUCUCCAGGUUCAAUUGAAGGAGCUUCUUCGUGAGCUGGAUGAGACCAAACUGGCUCGAGAAGAGAUUGUCGCCCAAUCAAAGGACACCGAAAAACGGCUGCAGACGCUGGAGGCAGAACUUGUACAGCUAACAGAGGAACUGGCUGUUUCUGACAGGCAACGAAGGCAAGCUCAGCAGGAGCGAGACGAAAUGGCGGAUGAAAUCGUCAACAGCUCAAGUGGAAAAUCUGCCCUGUUUGAGGAGAAACGGCGUCUGGAGGCCAGAAUCACUCAGCUAGAGGAAGAAUUAGAGGAGGAACAGAUUAAUGCUGAACUACUUGUUGAGAGACAUAGGAAGAGCACCUUACAGGUUGAGACACUCACUGUCCAGUUGUCAGGAGAGAAGACACUGGCACAGAAGAGUGAGAGCGCACGUGAGAUCCUUGAGAGGCAGAAUAAAGAGCUGAAAUCUCGUCUCAGCGAGCUGGAGGGAGCUGUGAAGGGCAAACAUCGGCUCAGCGUUGCUGCUCUGGAGGCCAAGAUAGAAUCUAUGGAGGAACAACUGGAGCAAGAAAGACAAGAGCGCACCGUAGCCAGUAAACUGGUGAGAAAAACAGAGAAGAAACUGAAAGAGGUUUUGAUGCAGGUGGAAGAUGAAAGGAGACACGCAGAUCAGUACCGAGAGCAGUUGGAUAAGUCUAUGGGUCGCCUCCGUCAACUGAAGAGGCAGUUAGAGGAGGUGGAAGAGGAGAACUCUCGCUCCAAUGCUCAGCGCAGGAAACUACAGCGAGAACUGGAGGAAAUGAGUGACAGUAUGCAAAGCAUGAACCGCGAGCUCAACACUCUGCGCUCACAACUCAGCGCCACAGAACGGCAGAAGUCAGAACAGCGAGCUCCACUGCCUAUUUCCAUGCGUGCUGGCCGUAGGGCUCUGGUGGAUGAUCUCUCUCAGGAGAACUCUGAUUCGGAGGAUCCAGGUGCUUCUCCCACCCCAUCCAGUGGCCCGCCGGGGACCCCCACAACCUCAGAAAAUGCCCUGGGCCCCCCGCCCCCCUACAGUCUUACAGACGCUGAAUAAGAAUGGGAGAGUGUGAAAGAUGGACAGAUUUAAUCACAUAGCUUUGCAAUCGCACACUCAAGCUGCAGAACAUCCGUGCAGUCACAGACAACAACAGAACUAGAACACAGAAAACUAGUUAAUGAAACUAGUGAUUGAUUUAUCAAUGUAUUAUGAACAGAAGAAUUAGCAUGCAAGAUGGAGAAAAUCAGAUUCAGUACUCUUACUUUUUAAACCAACUAAUCAGUGAGCAGACACUGUGGUUUUUGUUUUAAGUGGGGGAGAAUAAAACACUACUGUACUGUAUAUUGGCUGAGCCUCAUAUCAGUGCAGUAUAUAUAUAUAUAUAUAUAUAUCGGGCUUGUUGUGGCACAAUUGCGAUGGCCACAUUAAGCUCUCGAUCAAUUAAUCAUGAGCCAUUUGUUUAAGGGAAAUUUGCAUGUUGAUGGCAAUCAAAUGGAAAAGGCCAUCAGGUAUUGCACAGAUGAUCCGUAUUAAAAGUUUCAUGAUCAGGCUAAAAUUCAUAAGCUUUGCUAGCACAAGCCAUUGAACCUUCAAAGCACUGAGAACCUUUCUCUCUCUCACUCCUAAAGUCAUGUUUCAAGAAACUGAGAAUUGAACAGGUACAAGGUACUCUUUGGUAUUUAAAAAAAUCUUUGUUUAAAAUGUUUAGCAGUGAUAGCAGAUUCAGAUUAAUAGAACAUUACUUUUCAUCAAACAGGAAUUGGCAAAGCUGAUGCUAAUGUACAUGCACCAAGCUAUGAUUGUAUAAAACAUAAGUGAGAAAGAGGGAAAUGCGGUAACACUUUACAAUAAGGUUCUAUUCAUUAACAUUAGUUAAUGCAUAAGUGAUCAUGAACUAACAAUAAACAUUAUAUUUUUUAGUUACAAUACAAUUGUUCGUUGUUACUUCAUGUUAGUUAGUGAUUUAACUAAUGUUAACAAAUACAACUUUUGAUUUAAAAAUGGAGGCCUAUGUUGAAAUGAACAUUAACUAACAUUAACUAUGCUGAAAAAGUAACUAAUGUUGUUAACAAAUGGAACCUCUUUGUAAAAGUGUUAUCAGAAACGCUUUCUAUUAGAUGAGUAUGUAACAAAUUUGAGCCAAACAUGCUAGCUUUUAUAUCUUAGCCAUAAACUGUUAUGAAAGGUCAUAAGAAAAGAAUUGACAAUUAGAAACUAAAGUAUAAAUAAAAUGAAAAACAUACAGUGGUACACAAACAAAUCCUGGAUUUUAAGCAGAAAUCAAUGAAAAGCUGCCAGUGCUGACAGAUUUCACUUCCAUGUAGAUUUAGCAGUAAUAAUUCUUAGAUAUUUCUAAUUUACCUGCUAUAUAAUCUCAUCAAAGAAUUAGUAGUAUUCCACUCAAUUCUUAUUAAGUUUAGGGUGUCCUUACCUUAUUAGAUACUGUGCUUCGAUAGUUACCUAGAUAGCUAGGCUUUUGUUGGUAUAGUGAAAUAUAAGUAGUUAGGAUUUCUUAAUUUAUGUUUUAACACAUCGGCUCCAGUUUCAAACUACUGACUUGUUGUAACUGUAAUCAAAUAAGAAAAUUCCAGUAUGCAGUCUAUUUAUUUUGUUUUGUAUUCUUUUUGUGUCUGCACAUAGACAUGUCAUGUUUGUUGUAUAGUUUGCAAUUUCUGUGAAAACAGGACUAAGUUAAAGGCAAUAAAAGGUUAAGGAUGGGUUUAUAUCUUAACAAGGUAUAGUUUUAGUCAAGAACACUGGACAGAAAACUAACGAGAAGCGGCAUCUGCUGAAAAUCACACAUCUGUAAAUGCUUUAGAGACCGUUUUGAGACAAUGGACACAAAAGUAUUGAGUGAGAAAUCUGUAUUGAGAUUUCAAGGAGUUUCUUUGUCGUGGUGUGAACGACAUGGAUGUGCAGUAUGAUUCUUAUUACGUGUUUUUCACUAGGGUUGGAGGCUGCUAGUUAUUUUACUCCUUAAUUAUCUAAACAAUAUCAAUGUAACAUUGUUUUUAUAAAAAUUAUAUUGUUUUCUAUUUUCUUUUUUUGGAAUGUGGUAAAUACUGUAUUUACGGAACAAAGCUUUCAACACAAUCUAGGGAAAAGAGAUGACUAAAGGCACAUUAUGUUAGUUGUAUGCGUACAGUGCCUGUAGUUUAGGCUUAGAAAGGAGGACAUACAGUACCUGCAAAAUCUUCCAAUGGAUUCCAUUGAAAACCAUUGAAUGAAUUAAAGAACUAGAAGUGUUUCUGAUAAAUAUACUGCAUAUUUACAUCUCCCUAAACACAAACAAUACAACUUUAGACUUCCUUAUCAUCGAUCCUUUUUUCAUACAGAAAGUAAUUUUAUGCAUUUUAAAUGGCAAUUGGGCAAUUAUUAUUAUUUUAGAAAUGAUUAGGAGUUGUUGAAUGGUUAACACAAUGCUUGAUAUUUCAGCCAUUGUUACAGGAGAGUAAUUGUCUGGCUUACAAUAUUCAGCAUACUGCAGUGUUUUCUUUUAAUGAACAAAUCAAGUGAAAAUUUUGUCUUGAUCGUUUGAUCAUUUUGAUACAUUGCUUCUGGCAUACAAGCUAGUUUUUAACAUGAUACAUUUUCUUAAACUUUUAACAGCGUUAAAGUGUGAAUAAUAAUUGUGUACCAGCAUUCAAAUUUCUGCCCUUACCUUCAAAAUGUUUUAGUAAAUAAUGGAUUUGUUGACAUCUUGUUAAGCCACAAAAUGUGCUUAUUCACUAAUAAGGUUUACUGAUUUACUGAUGUGUUGAAAGGUUUAUUAUUACACUGUUAUUACCGCAGUUAUUACUUACUUUCUGGUCCAGACACAGUUUUUGUCCUCUACAUAAAUCAGUAAGCUGGGCUUCAUAUGAUCAGAUUCCACUGUACCUAUGUAGAUUGCACUUUACUUUUACUUUACUUGAAUUGUUUGACUUGCACAAAUAAUCUUUGGUUUUAAAUUUGGUGUGUUUUUGUUCGCCAUUCUCUAAAAUCAAGACAAUGUUAUGCAAUUGUAAAAUGUUGACUAAAAGGGAGGAAACCAUGCUGUUAAAGACAAACUAAUCUGAAUUAAUUGCAUAAAGAAGCCAAAAGAUCUCUCCUGAGCCUUGUACAAAAGAUCUUUGGUUCUACAUCUUUGUCCACGUUAGAACAUUUUUCCUAAAUUAUAACAGCCUAUCAUUUUUCUGAUAUAUCUGAUUGUUUGUCUUUAAAGCGACUCAACAUUGCUGCUAUUUUUUAUUUUUUUUAUUUUGUCACUGACAAAUGUUCACAGAAAUUUCAUUAUAAUUUAUUUGUAGAUUUAAUAUAUGCAUUUGCAGAGCUGUUCAAAUCUCCAAAGCUCAGAUUUGAAAAAAUAAUCCAUUUGAAAAACAUAUAAAUUCAUAGACCACUCAUAUUUCUCUGAAUACUAAAUUCCAGUUUAAUUAAUGAGCCUUGUUAUACUCAGCCUGUGAUUUUUUUUUUAAUGCAGCUUUUAACAAGUGUUAGAGAAGUGGAUUAUAGCAUGUAUGAAAAGGAAUCAAAAACCCAGUGGAGAUGCUUGUAUGUAAUUAAGGUUUGUUUCUGAAGAGGACUGUGUGCUUUUUUGCAUCUGUGGAACUUGAAUUUUUAACCAUGUUGUUUAUUUGAUCUUAUGGUUUACUUAAUGAUAAAAUGACACUGGGGUGAAUUUUAA